UCCCGCCAGCAGGAGCCGCGCGCUAGAUGCGGUGCCUUCAGGCGCUCCUUGCCGACAGAACGGUUGGGCCUCGGCGACCGUCGCUAUGUCGCGACAGAGCACCCUGUUCAGCUUCUUCCCCAAGACUCCGCCGCCGAACAAGUCCCCGGGCAGGGCUUCACGAGACGGCGGCGGCGCCCGCGCUGCCACGGGGGCCUCCGCUUCCCCCAGCGGGGAUGAGGCCUGGAGCGAGGCUGGGCCUGGGCCCAGGCCCCUGGCGGACUCUGCGUCGUCACCAAAGGCGAGGAACCUGAACGGAGGGCUUCGCAGGUCAGCGGCGCCCGCCGUCCACGUCAGUUCUUGUGACUUCUCACCAGGUGAUUUGGUUUGGGCCAAGAUGGAGGGUUACCCCUGGUGGCCUUGUCUGGUGUACAACCACCCCUUUGAUGGAACAUUCAUCCGCCAGAAAGGGAAAUCAGUUCGUGUCCAUGUACAGUUUUUUGAUGACAGCCCAACAAGAGGCUGGGUUAGCAAAAGGCUGUUAAAGCCAUACACAGGUUCAAAAUCGAAGGAAGCCCAGAAGGGAGGUCAUUUUUAUAGUUCAAAGCCUGAAAUACUGAGAGCAAUGGAACGCGCAGAUGAAGCCUUAAAUAAAGACAAAAUUAAGAGGCUUGAAUUGGCAGUGUGUGAUGAGCCCUCAGAGCAAGAGGAGGAGGAAGAGAUGGAGGUAGCUCCAACUUACGCAUCAGAUAAGAGUGAAGAAGAUAAUGAGAUUGAGAGUGAAGAGGAAGUGCAGCCUAAAUUGCAAGGAUCUAGGCGAAGUAGCCGCCAAAUAAAAAAACGAAGGGUCAUUUCAGACUCUGAGAGUGACGUUGGUGGCUCUGAUGUGGAAUUCAAGCCAGAUGCUAAGGAGGAAGGAAGCAGUGAUGAAGUUAGCAGUGCAAUGGGUGACAGUGAUAGUGAAGGCCUGGACAGCCCUGUUAAAGUUGUUCCCAAGCGAAAGAGAAUGGUGACUGGAAAUGGGUCUCUUAAAAGGAAGAAUUCAAGGAAGGAGAUGCCCUCAGCCACCAAGCGAGCACCUGGCAUUUUGGCAGAAACCAAGAGUACUUUGAGUGCUUUCUCUGCUCCUCAGAAUUCUGAGUCCCAUGCCCAGGUUAGUGGAGGAGGAGGUGAUGACAGUGGUCGCCCCACUACCUGGUACCAUGAAACUUUAGAGUGGCUUAAAAAGGAAAAGAGAAGAGAUGCACACAGGAGGCGGCCCGAUCACCCCGACUUUGAUGCAUCCACGCUCUAUGUGCCUGAAGAUUUCCUGAAUUCCUGUACUCCUGGCAUGAGGAAGUGGUGGCAGAUUAAGUCUCAGAACUUUGAUCUUGUCAUCUUCUAUAAGGUGGGGAAGUUUUAUGAACUGUAUCAUAUGGAUGCUCUUAUUGGCGUCAGUGAACUGGGGCUGGUAUUCAUGAAAGGCAACUGGGCGCAUUCUGGUUUUCCUGAAAUUGCUUUUGGCCGAUAUUCGGAUUCCUUGGUGCAGAAGGGCUAUAAAGUAGCACGCGUUGAACAGACUGAAACCCCAGAAAUGAUGGAGGCAAGAUGCCGAAAGAUGGCACACAUAUCUAAACAUGACAGAGUGGUAAGGAGGGAGAUUUGUAGGAUCAUCACCAAGGGUACACAGACCUACAGUGUGCUGGAAGGUGACCCUUCUGAGAACUACAGUAAGUUUCUUCUUAGCCUGAAGGAGAAAGAGGAAGAUUCUUCUGGCCACACUCGUGUGUAUGGUGUGUGCUUUGUUGACACGUCACUGGGGAAGUUUUCCAUAGGUCAGUUUGCAGAUGACCGCCAUUGCUCUAGGUUUAGGACCCUAGUGGCACACUAUCCUCCAGCGCAAGUCUUGUUUGAGAAAGGAAAUCUCUCAGUCGAAACCAAGGCAGUCCUGAAGGGCUCAUUAUCCUCUUCUCUUCAGGAGGGUCUGAUACCAGGCUCCCAGUUUUGGGAUGCAGCCAAAACUCUGAGAACUCUCCUUGAAGAAGGGUAUUUUACAGAAAAGUCAAAUGAGAGUGGGGUGCUGUUACCCCAGGUGCUUAAAGGUAUGACCUCAGAGUCUGAUUCCAUUGGGUUGACGCCAGGAGAGAGGAGUGAAUUGGCUCUCUCUGCUCUUGGUGGUUGUGUCUUCUACCUCAAAAAAUGCCUUAUUGAUCAGGAGCUUUUAUCAAUGGCUAAUUUUGAAGAAUAUAUUCCUUUAGAUUCUGACAUGGUCAGUGCUGCAAGACCUGGUGCUGUCUUCUCUAAAGCCAGUCAGCGAAUGGUGCUAGAUGCAGUGACCUUAAACAACUUGGAGGUUUUUCUGAAUGGGACAAAUGGCUCUACUGAAGGGACCUUGUUAGAGAAGAUUGAUACUUGCUACACUCCCUUUGGUAAGCGGCUCCUCAAGCACUGGCUUUGUGCCCCACUCUGUAGCCCUUGUGCUAUCAAUGAUCGUCUAGAUGCCAUAGAAGACCUCAUGGCCGUGCCUGAUAAAGUCUCUGAAGUUGUAGACCUUCUGAAGAAGCUUCCAGAUCUUGAAAGGCUUCUGAGUAAAAUUCACAACGUUGGGUCUCCCCUAAAGAGCCAAAACCACCCAGACAGUAGGGCUAUAAUGUAUGAAGAAACUACAUACAGCAAAAAAAAGAUAAUUGAUUUUCUUUCUGCUCUUGAAGGAUUCAAAACAAUGUGUAAGAUUGUAGAGGUUAUGGAAGACGUCGUCGAUGACUUUAAGUCAAAACUCCUGAAGCAGGUCAUAACUUUGCAGACAAAAAACCCUGAAGGCCGUUUUCCUGAUUUGACUAUGGAACUGCACCGAUGGGAUACGGCCUUUGACCAUGAAAAGGCUCGGAAGACUGGACUCAUUACUCCCAAAGCAGGAUUCGACAGUGAUUAUGACCAAGCUCUUGCUGAUAUAAGAGAAAAUGAACAGAGCCUCCUGGACUACUUAGAGAAACAACGCAGUCGAAUUGGCUGUAGGACCAUAGUCUACUGGGGGAUUGGUAGGAACCGCUACCAGCUGGAAAUCCCAGAGAAUUUCACCACCCGCAAUUUGCCAGAAGAGUAUGAGUUGAAAUCUACCAAGAAAGGCUGCAAAAGAUACUGGACCAAAACUAUUGAGAAGAAAUUGGCCAAUCUGAUAAACGCAGAAGAACGGAGAGACGUAUCACUGAAGGACUGCAUGCGACGACUAUUCUACAACUUUGAUAAAAACUACAAGGACUGGCAUUCUGCUGUAGAGUGCAUCGCAGUGCUGGAUGUCUUACUGUGCCUUGCUAACUACAGUCGAGGGGGUGAUGGCCCUAUGUGCCGUCCAGUAAUUCUGUUGCCAGGAGAAAACACGCCUCCCUUCUUAGAGCUUAAAGGAUCACGCCACCCCUGCAUUACCAAGACAUUUUUUGGAGAUGAUUUUAUUCCUAACGACAUUCUAAUAGGCUGUGAGGAAGAUGAGGAGGAAAAUGGCAAAGCCUAUUGUGUGCUUGUUACUGGACCGAAUAUGGGGGGCAAGUCUACCCUCAUGAGACAGGCUGGCCUAUUAGCUGUAAUGGCUCAGAUGGGUUGUUAUGUACCUGCUGAAGUGUGUAGGCUCACGCCAAUUGAUAGAGUGUUUACUAGACUCGGUGCCUCAGAUAGAAUAAUGUCAGGUGAAAGUACAUUUUUUGUGGAAUUGAGUGAGACGGCCAGCAUACUUACACAUGCAACAGCACAUUCCCUGGUUCUUGUAGAUGAAUUAGGAAGAGGUACUGCAACCUUUGAUGGGACAGCAAUAGCCAAUGCAGUUGUUAAAGAACUUGCUGAGACUAUUAAGUGUCGUACUUUGUUUUCUACUCACUACCAUUCAUUAGUAGAAGAUUAUUCUCAAAAUGAUGCUGUGCGUCUAGGACAUAUGGCAUGCAUGGUAGAAAAUGAGUGUGAAGACCCCAGUCAGGAGACUAUUACCUUCCUCUAUAAAUUCAUUAAGGGAGCUUGUCCCAAGAGCUAUGGCUUCAAUGCAGCAAGACUUGCUAAUCUUCCAGAAGAGGUCAUUCAAAAGGGACACAGAAAAGCCAGAGAAUUUGAGAAGAUGACUCAAUCACUGCGAUUAUUUCGGGAAGUUUGCCUGGCUAGUGAGAGGUCGACUGUAGAUGCUGACGCGCUCCAUAAGUUGCUGACUUUGAUUAAGGAAUUAUAGACUACACUUGGAAGCUUUGACUUUUGACAAAGGUGGUAAAUUCACACAACAUUAUGAUCUAAUAAACUUUAUUUUUUAAAAAUGA